UGGACCAAACAGUUGCUUUGUCUCAAUUUGACGUCUAAUAGAAGUUAAGCAAAAAGGCGCCAGCAGCAGCUUGUUUGGACUCAGCUGGAAGACGGUUGUGUUUUCGUAUCUCAGCUGAAUAUUUCAGUAGUUUCAGUAACAAUGUCUUCAGUUCAGCAUCUGAGAGAGUUUAUCAGAGAGCGACUAACUGCUGCUGCUGAAGAAAUCUUCUCAGAGGUUGAGAAAACCAUCGUCCGCCACGAAGAAGACAUGAGACUGCUGGAAAUCUGCUGGAAACCUCAGAUAAAACUCUCCAGAAUCGACCAGCCAGAGCAACGUGUCAGCAACAAGGAGGUUCUAACUGACCCAAAGCUGUGUAAGCAGCAGAGGAGCUCCAGGCUGGACCAGGAGGAACUAGAACACUUCCAGAUAAAACAGGAACCAGAACCCCCAGAGAUAAAAGAGAACCAGGAGGAACCGGAGCCUUUACAGAUAAAACAGGAACCAGAACCUCCAGAGAUAAAAGAGGACCAGGAGGAAGCAGAACCUUUACAGAUAAAACAGGAACCAGAACCUCCAGAGAUAACAGAGGAGCAGGACGAAGCAGAACCAACACGUAUUAGAGAGAACCAGCUGGAAUCUGGACAUCUGUUGAUUAAAGAAGAUCAGGAGGAACCAGAGUUUGGAAAAUCCAUGGUCCGGUACCAGGAAGACAUCAGACUGCUGGAUUACUGCUGGAAUCCCAGAAUAAAACUCUUCAGAAUCUCUACAGACAUCCCAAAGCAACGUGUCUGUAAGGAGGAGGAAGUUCUCAAUGAACAGGAGGAACCAGAAGCUCCAAGGUCUGAAGAUGGUCAAGAGAAUAUUAAACAGGAUCAGGAGGAACCUGACCAUCAAAAGAUCAAAGAGGACCCUGGAGAACCAGAACCUCAACAGUUUGAAGAGAAGCUAGAGGAGCCAGAAGGUUUAAAUAUUAAAGAGGAUCAAGAAGAUCUAGAUCUUCCACAGAUAAAAGACGAACAGGAGGAACCAGAACUUCCACCAUUUGAAGAAGAUCCUGCAGGUCCACGGAUUAAGGAGGAUCUAAAACCUACAGGAAUUGUAGUGAACCCAGAGGAACCAGAACCUCCACAGUUUGGAGGUGGACAUGAGGAACAACAUCUGCUAACCUUCCUGAUCCACAGCAGUCAGCAGAUAGAGCAGCUGUUAUGGGCGUGUGAAACCAACACCUUUAUGGACCCUGUGACCGACCAUCAAAGUGUCUUCAGUCAAUCAGAACCAGACACUGAGCAGCUUCACUCUCAGAACCCUCCUGAAGAUCAGAAGAGUUCCGCUGAGCUUCACAGUUUCUACUCGAUUGUUCCGCCAGAUCCUGAGCAGAUUCAAGAGGAACAUUAUGGAUCAGAACCUCGACCUGUUCAGCAGGAGAUCUGCAGGAGUUGGGAGGAAGAACAUCUCAAGAGCAGAACGUCUGAGGAACAUGGCUGGUCUAAAGCAGAACCAGACGCUGAGCAGCUUCACUCUCAGAACCCUCUUGAAGACCAGCAAUGUUUUAUUGAGCUUAAAAGUGUUUAUUCAUGUGUGACACCAGAUCCUGAGCAGAUUAAUGACCAACCAGAACCUCCACAUUUUCAGCAGCAGCAGGAGAUCUACAGGAGCUGGGAGGAAGAACAUCUUAUGGGCAGAACCUCUUGGGAACACGUCUGGUUUAAAGCAGAACCAGACACUCAGGUGCUUCACUAUCAUAACUCUCCUGAAGAUCUUCACAGUUUCUACUCGGUUGUGACACCAGAUCCUGAGCAGAUCACAGUAGAACACCAUGGAUCAGAACCUAUUCAACAGGAGCAAAACAAAGUCUUCAGCAGCUGGGAGGAAGAACACCUUGAAGCCAUCGCUUCUCAGGACUAUUUCUGGUUUAAAGCAGAACCAGACGCUGUGCAGCUGGUUGCUCAUACCCACCUUGCAGCUGAGACCCAGGACCAUGAAGGAACCAGCUCUGGUGAGACCCAGGACCAUGAAGGAACCAGCUCUGGUGAGACCCAGGACCAUGAAGGAACCAGCUCUGGUGUGUCAGAAGACCAGCAUCACAUUAACCCUGAAGACUCUGAAACAUGUUUUGUUUGUGGUGAAGUCUUGAAACCUCACCGUUUGAAGCAGCAUCUAAAACAGCAUCCAGAUGUGAAGCCAUAUGUCUGCAAACGUUGUGGAGAACGCUUCUCUGAACAUUCCCAUCUGAGAGACCACAUGGUUGCUCACCUGGUUGAGGAUCUGAAAGCUCGGCAACGACCCGGAGUCAAACGCAGACAGAAAAACGUCUUCUGUAAAAUAUGCGGCCGAGGCUUUGCUGAACUGGAUUAUUUAAAAUCCCACAAUAAAGCUCACAGGGGUGAGCGGCCUUUCUGUGAAACCUGUGGGAAACAUUUCAGUUCUCCUCGUUCACUCAAAGGUCACAUGAAGGUCCAUGAGAGAAGAUGUGCGAAACCAUUCUCCUGUCGGGUUUGCAAGAAAAGGUUUGCUUCUCGCUCAACCAAGAAAGCCCACAUGGAGAGGCACAGAGAAGAGAAGCCCUUCUCCUGUAAAACGUGUGGGGAAACGUUUCAUGAGAGAAAACAGUUCAUGACCCACAAAGGAACCCACUCAGCUGCUAAACCUUUCUUCUGUAAAAUAUGCAAACGACUGUUUGCCCACAGGCCCUCCUACACAGCCCACAUGAAGUCCCACAGGAAGGAGACGACCUCUGCUUGUAGCAGGUGUGGAGAAAGGUUUGACGAUCAACGAGCAGAGGCCACCCACAUGAAAACAUGCGGGAAGCUCCAUUCAUGUGACACCUGUGGAAAAAGCUUUUCCUCCAGGAGUCGUGUGAAAUAUCACAAGAAACGUGGAAGUUGUGGUGGAAACGUUGACUUGAAGCCGUAGUUUUGUUCUGCUCAACGAGAGAAAUCAUUUUUGGAAGAUAUUUGGAAGGUUUUCAGUGUGAACAGAAGACUGUUGUUGUGUUCACUAGUUUGGUUGCCAGGAGUCCAUGUCCACCUUCAGCUGUGUUCAGAGGUCCGAUUGGGUUGUUGAUGGUCCUACCUCAUGUUGCUCGUUGGGACAUCAUCUUCUGGAUUGGAGAGUUUUUCCCCUGUGAAUUUCUUUGUUAUAAAAUGUAGAAAUGUUAACAUCUGAUUCUCUGGAUUGGAGUUUGAGUUAUUUAGUUCAUAGAAUCAAAUCUGUUGUUGAGUUGAUAAUAAAUUUGAGGAAAGACACGAGGAGUCUGUGGAAAUGUUUCUGGGUUGGAGGUACCGAGCAGGCUCUGUAGAACCUCUUAGUGUCUCUGUGUUGCAUCUGCUGCUUCAGGCCAGCAUAUCUUCACCUUUUAGCUUGUCUUUAUAAACCUCUGCUGAAACCCCAACAGAGAUGGAGGUCCAGACCCAGCAGGAGCAAGUUCUGCUGCAGCUGAACUCAACAAAUGAAGGAAACUGUUUCAUGAAGCAGUCUGGGCGGUUUUCUCAGCAUUGGUCUGAUGAUGCUGGACAUUAAUAAAAGCUUCUGGAAAAACUGGAUUUACUUUGGUUUUAUACACUGUUAGCGUCAUUAAAGAGGUGAACUGUUCUCAUGUAUUUCACCAAUAAUUAAACAAUCUAUGAAUCUGAAA